UCUUCACACGGCUCCUCUCUCGCGCUCUCUGCAGACUCUGCUGUGUUUGUGCAGAGGAACAGCACUGUUAUUACUGAGCACUUCUCACGGAGCUUGAAUGAACUGAACUUUCCUCGUCUGGAUUCAUACUCUUGUUUGUUUGUGGACGUAGUUACUCCAGCAGAAGGCCAGGACAGUGAACAUGCUCAGGAGUCUGCAGACGAUGAACGGCCAGUCGGCUCCAGAGCGCUGAGGCUCUGUAAAGUCAUUCCUGUUUUUCCAUGUAAACAUCCCACAGGAGUUUUGUGUGUCAUCAGGACCUUGAGACACACCCCCACACACACUGAUGCUCAGCCUCUUCUCCUCACUGAAGACCUGGCAGACUUCUAAUCUCUAAAAGAUUGAUGAGGCUCUGCCCGGGCACAGGAGGCCUGGCACAGUGUCGAUAAGGCAGCUUUCAUUUCACCACAUUUUAUCCCUGGCUCCUGCCGUUCUUCUCCUCUUUUCCUCCAUGCCGGGAGACGCUGGGCAGCCUUUAAAGCAUGGGGGAGGAUUAUGACACACCAAGCAGUGAGAGGGACAGUGUUUUAAACAGGAGCCAUGAAACACUCUAGAAAUGACAGCCCUGUGCUCUUCUGCUGCUCCACGUUAGACGGCCGUAUGUUAGCCGAGCAGGACGCCGGAGCGGGCAUGUCACUGUCAAACUGCUGGAGUCUGAAGGUAGUGGAGCUACUGAGGGACACUCAGAGCUGAGGGUAGCUGAACACAUCAGACAGCCACUCAAACACAGAGCGUUUCACACAGGAAAAUGUGCAACAUCUCAUUCUGUGAUGUGGACAGUAAGGUGGAUCAGUUCUUCCAGCCGACGCUCUACAUCAUCGUCAUCGUUCUGGGGCUGCCCACCAACUGCAUGGCCUUAUGGGCCGCCUACAUGCAGGUACGCCAACGCAACGAGCUGGGCAUCUACCUGAUCAACCUCUCGGUGGCCGACCUCCUCUACAUCAGCACUCUUCCUCUCUGGAUCGACUACUUCCUCCAGCACGAUGACUGGAUUCACGGUCAGGAGAGCUGCAAACUGUUCGGCUUCAUCUUCUACACCAACAUCUACGUCAGCAUCGCCUUCCUCUGCUGCAUAUCCCUGGACAGGUACCUGGCUGUGGCAUAUCCUCUGCGCUUUGCCAAAGUUCGGCGAAUCAAGACAGCUGUUAUGGUCAGUGCUAUGGUGUGGAUGAUUGAGAUAGUGGCCAACUCUGCUCCACUCUUCCACGAUGAGCUCUUCCAGGAUCGCUUCAACCACACCUUCUGCUUCGAAAAAUAUCCCAUGCAGGACUGGGUGGCAGGGAUGAACCUCUACAGGACGUUUUUAGGCUUCCUUGCUCCAUGGACGGCCAUGCUAGUGGCCUACCGCGGGAUCCUAGCAGCUGUGCGCUGCAACGUCUCCACAGAGCGCCAGGAAAAGGCCAAGAUUCAGCGGCUGGCGUUGAGUCUUAUCCUGAUAGUUCUGCUCUGCUUUGGACCGUACCACAUCCUCCUCCUGGUGCGGAGUGUCAUGUUUCUGAGGAAACCAUGUGACUGCGGCUCAGAGGAGAGCUUAUUUGCAGCGUACCACGUUUCUUUAGCGCUGACCAGCCUCAACUGUGUCGCUGACCCCAUACUGUACUGUUUUGUCAACGAGGGGGCUCGGCACGAUGUCGGUCGAGCUCUCUCUGCUUUAAUGUCUGCAGCCUGCCACAGACGCUCCUCUUCCUCGCCAUCUCACGCAGACAUACUCAACGCUGGCUCGGUCACUAUGGAAACGCCUCUGUCAGCAAAGAAGCAGCCCUGUGUGUAUGCUGAUGGAGAAAAGACAAGCAGCUACAAGACUGAACUAGCAGCUCUGAAGGAGGAAUGUCUCCAGAUGACCAUCCUCAGUGUUAAAAAGUGACUUUGACUAAAGUCUAAGAGGAGAAAAAGCUUAAUUAAGUGGAUGGAGGAGACUCCUGACACUGACGGGGAUGAUGUCUUCAAGCCCAUCAAGCUGAAAUCAGAUGAUGGGAGCAAAAUGUACACUAAUUAAGAAGCCAGUAUGGGAAUGAUUGAUGAAGAGUUAUGUUGUCGGCUGAGAGACUGACAUGCUAACACACCAUUUGGCACAUCUCAGAUGACCAACAGCUAUAAAUCUCAGCCACAGCAGAGCUGCACUGCAUGCUAAUGUCAGCAUGUAGAGUUAUCAUUCAUCCUAAAGUGCAAUGAUUUGCUCUUUAGCUUAUGAGAUGUCCUAAUGAAGCAAAGAAGGCAGGAGUCCAAAGUCCGCUGGAUUUAAUGUCAGUGUGCCAUGGAGAUAUGAGCCAGAUUUAAGGCCAAUCAUCCAGCAGAGGUUUAGAGAGUACCAUCUUGACCAAAGUGUUGGACCAACAGACCAAACAGUGCCACAUGUGACUUUGGGUGCACAGCCAGACAUUUAAAAGAUUUACGCGGAAACAGUCUGCAUUGCUAAGUGGGCUGAAAGGAGACAGCGUUCCAUAUGGUCCUCCAACUGGACAACAUGAGGAUGUAGGAGAUCACCGUUUCAAAUGCAUGACUUUGGAAUAUAAAAGAAAAGAAGAGGGGUCAUAAAUGAUUGUAAAUUACAGGUCGACACAUUUUUUAAUGCUUGGAAAUGUCUUUACUGUGUUAUGUGUUUUUUGAUGGAUAUAAUGAAGCCUUAUGAAGUACCUCAGCUUGUAACUGCAAUAGUUAGAAAGGUUUAAAGUGUCUGGUAUGUUCUUAUGUUUUUCUUUUAUUUGAACAGCUGAGAAAAAGGGGAACCAAGCCUUGACUUGCACCACUGCAUGUUUUGACAGUCAAAUUCAUUAGUCAUUACUUGUUCUGCUUAUGGCCCCGUGCAACAGGAAACAGUCAAAUAUAGUGAAAAAGUUUGUGGGUGUAUACUCUAGAGCAGGGGUUCUCAACCUUUUCAGCCUGCUACUCCCAUAUAAAGUUGCCAGAGAAUGGGGACCCCCACUGUACCUGAAGGUGGUUGAACAGCCAAUAGUAAAUGUGCAAACAGGGCUGCCCAGAAAGAGGGGAUAAAUGGGAAAGCCUUCUGGGCCUAGCCAAACAGGGGGACCAUGGUCAGCAAAACAUGGCCCACUGUAAAGUUGAGCUGUGAUAUCCAUAUUUUAUAUUUUACCUGAAUAAUAACCACUCUUUUAAAAUAAACAAAUAUAUUUUUUAUUCAUUUGUGUAGUAAAUAGCCUUCUUAAAAAUGUUCAUCCCUUUUGUU